AUGCGCUGCAUUCGUUCUCAGCUGGAAAGUUUGAUCACGGAUAUACCGCGUUCGGAGAUGGCGGCGAUGGCGCUCGGCUUGGCUCACAGCCUGUCGCGUUACAAACUGAAGUUCAGUCCAGAAAAGGUCGACACGAUGAUCGUUCAGGCGAUAGCACUUCUUGACGACCUAGACAAGGAAAUGAACAACUACGUGAUGCGUCUUCGCGAGUGGUACGGCUGGCACUUUCCGGAAUUGGGCAGAAUUGUCACCGACCACGUUAUGUUUGCGAAAAUCGUUCAGCGAGUAGGAAUGAGAACUAAUAUUGCGGACUCGGACUUUUCCGAUAUAUUGACUCCAGAACUGGAGCAGGAAGUCAAAGCAGCAGCUGAAACAAGCAUGGGAACUGAAAUAUCAGACGGUGAUGUUCAAGGAAUGAAUCAUCUUUGCAGCCAGAUCCUCAUGCUGCAGAAGUACAGAUUGCACCUUAACGAAUACCUGGGCAACCGAAUGCUCGCCUUGGCUCCAAACCUCACCGUACUAAUGGGCGAAAUGGUUGGUGCGCGUCUCAUUGCCCGGGCAGGUAAAUCUUGACU